AUGGUCGGAUUGGCAGAUAAACUAAACACUUUGGUGAGGGAUCUUUCUGGAGGCAUGAAGAGGAAGUUGUCCCUUGGAAUUGCACUGAUAGGAAAUAGCAAGGUUAUUGUUCUUGAUGAACCUACAAGUGGAAUGGAUCCAUAUUCAAUGCGGUUGACUUGGCAAUUGAUCAAAAGACUAAAGAAAGGCAGGAUAAUAUUGUUAACUACACAUUCCAUGGAUGAAGCUGAUGUACUAGGAGAUCGGAUAGCUAUCAUGGCUAAUGGUUCCUUAAAAUGCUGCGGAAGCUCCCUUUUCUUGAAGCACCAAUAUGGUGUUGGAUAUACUCUCACUCUGGUGAAGAAUGAUUCUGGUGCCUCGGUGGUCUCUGAUAUUGUUUACCGCCACGUUCCAUCGGCAAUAUGCGUGAGCGAAGUAUUCCUCUACCCUUCUAUGCUGAAUGAUUAUUUCAUUAAUGUGAUAGAUGAUUUUAUACGUACUGCAGUGUCUAUGACUCUAUGUGCUAAACUGCCUAUAUUUGAUGUUGGAACUGAGAUCUCCUUUAAGCUUCCUCUAGCAUCCUCAUGUUCAUUUGAAAGCAUGUUUAGGGAAAUUGAGAGCUGCAUGAGACGAUCAGGUCCUAACUUUGGAAGUGCUGAUUGUAAGGACAGACAGUUUCCUGGUAUUGAGAGUUAUGGUAUCUCUGUCACAACCCUAGAGGAGGUAUUCCUGAGAGUUGCAGGAUGUGAUAUUAAUGAAGCUGAAUGUGUUGAGGAGGGAAAAACUUCAGUUUUACCAGAUCCUGCCGUUCUUCAAGCCUGUCCUACUAAUGCUCCAAAAAAAUAUUUCCAUUCCAAACUAUGGGGAAGUAAUAUGAAGGUCAUCGGGCUGAUAUUUACCAUUGUGGGGAGAGCAUUCGGUAUUUUCUUGGAUACCAUCCUUAGAAUUAUAAACUUCUUAACAUUGCAAUGCUUCAGCUGUUGCUUACUUCCGAGGACAACAUUUUGGCAACAUUGUAAAGCUUUGCUUAUAAAGCGGGCAAUAUCUGCUCGGAGAGAUCGGAAAACUAUGGUUUUCCAGCUGUUAAUUCCUGCCAUCUUCUUGCUUUUCGGUCUUCUCUUUCUCGAGCUUAAGCCGCAUCCUGAUCAAGUUUCUGUGACCUUCUCAACUUCUUAUUUUAAUCCUCUGCUGAGUGGUGGUGGUGGUGGUGGUCCAAUUCCCUUUGACCUAUCCCAGCCUAUCUCACAGGAGUUUGCAAGCUAUAUAAAAGGUGGCUGGAUUCAAAGGUUUAGACAGAGCAGUUAUAGAUUCCCUAAUUCAGCGAAGGCGUUAGCUGAUGCUAUUGAGGCAGCUGGGCCAAAUCUGGGGCCUGUUCUACUUUCCAUGAGUGAAUAUCUGAUGUCUAGCUUUAAUGAAUCGUAUCAGUCUAGGUAUGGAGCAGUCAUAAUGGAUGGUUUGAAUGAUGAUGGAAGUCUAGGGUACACAAUUCUACACAAUAGUUCUUGUCAACAUGCUGCUCCAACAUUCAUCAAUUUAAUGAACUCGGCAGUUCUUAGGCUUGCUACUCUUAAUGGAAACAUGACGAUUCGGACACGGAAUCACCCUCUGCCCAUGACUGAAAGCCAGCGGUUGCAACGUCAUGAUCUGGAUGCUUUCUCUGCUGCAAUUGUUGUUAAUAUUGCCUUCUCCUUUAUCCCUGCUUCCUUUGCCAUUGCUAUCGUAAAGGAACGGGAAGUGAGAGCUAAGCAUCAGCAAUUAAUAAGUGGGGUGUCCAUACUUUCAUAUUGGGCUUCUACAUACAUAUGGGACUUCAUCAGCUUCUUGUUUCCUGCAUCUUUUGCAAUAGUUCUCUUUUACAUAUUUGGUUUGGAUCAGUUCAUUGGAAGGGAUUCUUUACUGCCCACAGGUCUUAUGUUUCUGGAAUAUGGACUUGCUAUUGCAUCAUCAACCUAUUGCCUCACUUUUUUCUUUUAUGAACACAGCAUGGCACAGAACGUGGUACUCUUGGUCCACACUUUCACUGGGCUUGUUCUUAUGGUUAUAUCAUUUAUCAUGGGGCUUAUACAGACAACUGCACGUCUGAAUUCUUUUCUCAAGGUUGGAAACAAGGAAUUUUUUAAGCACAUGCCUCUCAACAUACUGAAUUAA